AUGAUGAGCAAACAUGAAGGGUUUUGUGAUUUCAGAAGAAAAAAAAACGGAGAAACAUUACCUACAGUCGAGCUCCUCACCGGCGCUGUGUCGUCGUCUGCGCAGGAGGUGAAGUGGCCGGAAGUUGGAGGAAAAAUCUUGUUGCUUGUUGUCGCGCUGAAUAUUAAAGGAAGGGAAGAACGAACGGCGAUUUCUGUUAGGGUGCAGGAGAAGAAAUUGAAGACUAGGCUUUUUGUAUUGCGAGAAGGACCAGCACUUCGAUUCCUUUCUCAAUCUCUGUUUCCAUGUAAAUCACAUUGCAUUUCAAGAUCUUCACUGCGUAAAUUAAAGGGUUUGUGA